AUGACGCUUCAACAAUCCCGCCGCCUGCAAAGCCUGUUGCUCGGCACCCUGGCCUGGGCCAUCGCGAUCCUGAUCUUCUUCCCGAUCUUCUGGAUGGUGCUGACCAGCUUCAAGACCGAAAUCGACGCGUUCGCCACGCCGCCGCAGUUCAUAUUCACGCCGACGCUGGAGAACUACCUGCACAUCAACGAGCGCAGCAACUACUUCAGUUAUGCGUGGAACUCAGUGCUGAUCUCCUUCAGCGCCACCGCCCUGUGCCUGCUGAUCUCGGUGCCCGCCGCCUACUCCAUGGCGUUCUACGAAACCCAGCGCACCAAAGGCACGCUGCUGUGGAUGCUGUCCACCAAGAUGCUGCCGCCGGUGGGCGUACUGAUGCCGAUCUAUCUGUUGGCCAAAAGCUUUGGCCUGCUGGAUACGCGCAUUGCGCUGAUCAUCAUCUACACCCUGAUCAACCUGCCGAUUGUGGUGUGGAUGGUUUACCUACUUCAAGGACAUCCCCAGGACAUCCUUGAAGCCGCGCGCCUGGACGGUGCCACGCUGUGGCAGGAAAUGGUCCGCGUGCUGCUGCCGAUCGCCAAGGUGGCCUGGCUUCCACCGUCGGAGGCUCAUCAUGGCCAACCUGAAAAUCAAGAAUCUGCAAAAGGCUUCGAAGGCUUCUCGAUCAUCAAAGGCAUCGACCUGGAAGUGAACGACAAGGAAUUCGUGGUGUUCGUCGGCCCGUCGGGCUGCGGUAAAUCCACGCUGCUGCGCCUGAUCGCCGGCCUGGAAGAAGUCAGCGAAGGCACCAUCGAACUGGACGGCCGCGACAUCACCGAAGUGACCCCGGCCAAGCGUGACCUGGCAAUGGUGUUCCAGACCUACGCGCUGUACCGCACAUGA